AUGGCCUCCAAGACCUCCUUCGACACCACCUCCACCUACACUGCCUCUUCCACCGCAACCCUCAAGGGCAAGGAAGGAUCAAAGAAGUGGUUCUCGAAGAAAGCCACUGUCGACUGCGAAAGGCCUAAGUCACCCGCCUCCAAGGCUGCUGAACGUGCUCUUCACUCCGAGGCCGUUGCCAAGUACUUUUCCAUGCGGUGA